UUAGAACCCGCACCGUUAUAGCCCGGCGUGGAACCGCGCAGAGAGCUGGUUCUGACGUGCGCCUCCGACGCGCCGGUGUCGCCUUCAGUGCUAGAGCCUCGUUGCGCGCUGCUGAUUGACACCUGCUGACGUUUGCGUAUCUGCUGUUAACCGAAGAACAGUUGCCCAUUGCGAGAAAUACUUUUGUUUCCUCAAGAUUUACGACUUAUCGUCAGAUUUAAAUUGGCUUGAAGCCGAACGACGAGGUUAGAGCCAUGGUGAGAUUGAUGAAGAUGUCUGACGACUUUGACUUUUCCACCUCUGGGGUGAGUGAUGCGGGACUUGGUGCCGACGUGACCACUGCAAGUACUGUUGCUGCUGCUGCUGCGUCACCGCCUACACAGUUUUUGUGGGACGUGGCUACGACAAUAGUCCACUAUCAACUGACCGAGGACGAGUGCGCCCAGCUACAGAAGGAUGAGAACGCUGAAGGAUCGUGGAGUGCGGUUCAGUGCCCUGCAGCCUGGGACUCGUUCACCUGCUGGCCACCAACGGCGGCUGGAAAGGCAGUGCGCAAACCAUGCACAGACAUCAUCGCAUCUCUCGACGUGUCCUUAGACAUCGGAGACGUUUCGCUCGAAACAGGUCUCUAUGCCUACAGAGUGUGCGGUCCCAACGGCGACUGGCUCUGGGGCAACUGGACAAACUACACCGAAUGCCUGGGUCUCAUCAAUCAUGAGCCGCAAGAGAUGUCGGCGGUGGUCUCCUUGGCGGUCAGCUACAUCCUCCUGCUGUUCUCUCUCUUGUCCCUGAUAUUCCUAUCUGCUACCAUGUUCAUAUUCUGUUACUUCAGGUCGCUGCAGUGCUCUCGGACGCGGGUGCACCAGAAUCUGGUUCUCGCGCUCAUGGUGCACGCCAUCAUGCUCGUGGUGCUCUCCAUGCCGGUGGUGCUCAACUCUGAAGAACCAACACCGUUCGCCCAGAUACCUCCGUUGUGCAAGAGCAUCCUCUCGCUGAAGAUGUACGCCGCCAUGGCUUCAAUCAAUUGGAUGUUCGUCGAAGGGCUUCUGCUGCACUCUCGCAUCACCAUCUGCAUCUUCCGCCAGGACGCACCCUUCAAGCUAUACCACGCCAUCGGUUGGGGUCUUCCUUUAGUGUUCAUACUGACAUGGGCAUAUCUCAUGGAACAAGAACUUCGCACAGCAUGCUGGGAAGGCUACGGCGCCAACCGCUACGUCUGGCUCCUCAUAGGACCGCGUCUUGUGGCCAUUCUCGUCAACUUUGUUUUCCUUGUGAACAUCAUCCGUAUUCUGGUGACGAGGGUCAAGUCGGCAGUGUCAGUGGAAACAACUCAGUUUCGGAAGGCAAUCAAGGCGACGGUGCUGCUCUUCCCUCUGCUGGGAAUCACGCACCUCCUGUUCUGCAUCAACCCGCAAGACGAGAACAUGGGUCUCAAGGAGGCCUACAUGGUCAUCAACGCCAUACUCCAGUCCUCACAGGGUAUCUUCGUGUCUGUCCUCUACUGCUUCAUGAACUCAGAGGUGCAGACAGCCGUGCGCAACGCCUACCUGCGGGCAGCCAUCCGUCGCAACCCGAACAAGGAACGCUCCUUCCUGCGCGGCGGCUACUCGCAGACAUCGACCGUGUUCAUGUCGCACUUCAACGGCUCCGUGGCCGAGCAGAGCGCUUCGCCCAAGGCAGGCUCCAAAGUGGUGCGCAAGUACCCGCUGCGUGCCACGGCGGGACCACAGCGGAUAUCCAGGAAUCCGUGCGCGGUGGCCGCCGUCUGAGCAGCUCGCCGUCUCUCGACUACGCUCCUCUUCUCCAACUCUCACUUAUCGGCGCGUGGGGCCCCACUCGAGAGGCUGCUACGUUCUGCCCACGCCAUCCGGCUCCAAAUCGGAAGAAGAAAAAAAAACAUAAACCUAGCUGACUCUGGUUCUUCUACGGUGCAGCAAAACGUCUGAGUGCGUUGAACUCGUGCUUCAAAACGGACAAACGAGGACGGCCACCUCUUGGCGACAAACUGAAAAGUGCGAAAAAACGAAAGAAAGAGGCGUCCAUUACCUCAGUUCCCUGGCAUAUAUAUUGUGUGUUUCUUUAAUAUUGUUCUUACGCGAAAUCUUGUUGUACCGAUCCCCAGCUGUCAACGUUUGCGGUCCAACUGUCAUUUGGAUUGUCAUCGCGCGUCCGGUUUUUACGCGGCUUUCCUCGCGAAGUAACGAGAAAUAAAGUCAUGAAAUAUUAAUCAAACCAAACGAAAUGUGUCCGAAUUUG